AUGAGCCACCGAUUUCCAAUCCAGGAGACGGUCUUCCCGCCACUACAACUUUCCGAGUCUGCUAAGGACAAAUUCGUCAACACAGCGUUGAUGCAGCUUACAAGGUCGUUGCGCGAUUACGAUAAGUACCAGAAAUGGCAAGCGUCUCGACCGCCGAGUCUUCGGUAUCAGCUUCAUCCAGCCAUGUGGAAGCCUAUUAAGACAUCCGAACAGCUCACAGUUUACCGUCGAGUGCCGGCGGACGACGCGAUAGUCACAGCACCAACAGGAGGAUCAAGGAGGCGAGCACGUAGUAGAACGCUAGAAGCCAUGAGAUUGGCCACAGAAACAGGUGUGGACUUGGUCUCUUCGGCUCCGAAGGAAUUCGUCACAGAUUCAUCCUGGCCCGGACUUCCGAAUCGAGGGUCCGGACCAACGGGUAGUAGUGAGUGGAGUAUGCCGACACUUCUCCAAGUUGGAACUAUCGAGGGCACUCUGAACGACGUCAUGUACGGAUCAGCUUCGUUUGAUGCAGUUGGGACGUUGAUCAAGUCGUCCUAUACAGGUGAAGAGGUUGUGGACGCCGAGACUUUAUAUGAACUCCAGGGUCCCACUCCGGAAGAGCCAUUCCGGUUCCUUGGCAUCAAGUGGGUCGUCAAAUCGACCUCGUCCACUGUGAAGGCGUUUGUAUGGCCACGGGACCUAACGUUUAUCGCAGCGACAGGUGUAAUAACUCGUCAAGGUGGCGAACGGGUAGGGUACCAUCUGAUGCACUCAGUGGAUCUCGGUAAAGGUUACGGUCCUCUCGAAGGAAAGCGGAUCGUGCGUGGUCGAAUCUCGUCGUGUUAUCUCUAUCGCCAGACAUCCUCGAACAUUGUGGAUGUGUACAUGAAGACCAAUUUUGAGCCGAACGGGUCAAUUCAUGAAAAUGUUGCUCUACUCUCAGCUGCGAACAGUCUUACGUACUGCUCGAAGUCGUCACUAUGCGCUCAAAACAAGAAAUUGUCGUGGUUAUUGGCCCACCCAAAGGUUGACGACACAGAAGCGGGGUCAGCACGACCGAGUACUAUCCGGAUAAAGAAACGCAAUGACUGUGGCGUUUGCACACGACCGAUCGGUACAUUCACACGACAGCAUUCGUGUCGUGUUUGCAAUGCUCGUGCGUGUUCAACUUGCUUCGUGAAAAAGAAAUUAAGUUUCCCAGGUCAAGGACACAAGACUGUGGAACAGCGUUCAGUUGCUAUUUGCACGCACUGUCUCACUCACGCUCGGAAACUCAGCUCAUUGGAGAUCGCGGGAAAGGAAGUGGUAGAGCGGCAACAGAUGAACAAACGACGUGGCACUCUUCGAGGAAGAGGAAUGUCGACGCGCACCGUUCGAAGUCGAAGCAAUAGUCGUCCGGAUAUCCGCCGGCAUCGACGUGGGACUGUCACGGCAAGUGAACGAGAGCAGGAGGAGCUCGAAAAUGAGAAGAUAUUCCACACUGCGCCCGUUCGAAGGAUAAUUCGAACGCCACGCCAGUCAAACGCUCAGAGGAAGUUGGACUCGAAUUCGAAACCAGCUUGGGAUUAUAACUCUGAGACUGAGGACAUUGGCAAUGAUACUGACACUGUGAUAUCCGUCGUGGCUCAUCCGGACGUGUGGGACGUCGACUCGGAUGCGGACGAUGAAGUCGAUUAUGUGGUGAAUUCCCAGGAGGUGCCGAUGCUUGGUGAUGCACUACCCGAAGCUGUGGUGCAGUACGCUUGGGGGGCAAUUGUGCCGUCUCCUUCCAACAAAGAGGCGUCUGAGCCUGCCGCUCCGUGGCCGUCACCUCCAUCAUCACCGCUGCCGUCCCCGACCCCGUUGCCGAAGGAGAAAGAGGACUCGUGGCCUGCAGCUCAAGGAGAGCGAGCGUCGGUGUGGACGCCACCCAUUUCGCAGCCAACCACGAUCCCUCGUAUCCAUGCGGGAGCCUCGACCCAAGAAGUGUUGGCGCAGUUCGCAGAGCUCUGCAACGCCGCUGAAAAUGUGUAUCAAGCAGCGAGAAAAAACACCAUCACACAUUUGGACCCCACAGUAUUGCUAACACGUCAAAACAACACCAGACUUGACAUGAGCGCCGUAGACUAA